AUGGCGACAGUCAAGGAUGUUGUGAAAGAGACCCUCGUUGGAGGAGGACGUGCCUCUCUCGACGACGCCGACUCACCACAACUGUCCGUCCAGUCUAGGGCCCGUUUCAUCAGCAAUGCCGUCAAGGACCCGGAGACGGGCGAGCUCUACCUCGGCACUGACGAGUUCAUCAAUGCCAUAACGCCCCAGGACGAGGACUUCCACAAGAUCAAGAGGGAACAGUACUCGAUCCUGUUCCGCGUGGCCGACCGCAAGAACAACGGACGCGUCACCAUGUCCGACUGGGGCGUCUUCGAGAACCUCCUGACCAAGCCCGACUCCGAGUACGAGGUGGCCUUCCGGCUCUUCGACGUGGACCGGACCGGCAACGUGCGGUACGACGACUUCCGCCAGCUGUACGAGCUCAACAAGGGCGCCGACAGCAUCCCCUUCGACUGGGACGGCGAGUGGGCCAAGCUGUACAUUGGCAGCCGGCAGAACCGCCACAACCUCGACUACCCGCAGUUCGCGCAGAUGCUGCGCGGCCUGCAGGGCGAGCGCAUCCGCCAGGCAUUCCACAGCUUCGACAGGGAUGGCUCGGGCUACAUCGAGCCCGAGGACUUUGGCCGCAUCAUCGUGCAGACGGCGCGCCACAAGCUGUCGGACCACCUGCUCGACAACCUGCACACGCUCUGCAACAUCUCGCAGGGCAGCCGCGUGUCGUACGCCAACGUGCGCGCCUUCCAGAACGUCAUCCGCGACAUGGACCUGCUCGAGCUCAUCGUCCGCCGCGCCGUCGCCCGCUCCCCGGACUCGAGGAUCACCCGCACCGACUUCCUCAACGAGGCCGUCAAGAUCACCCGCUCCUCCCUCUUCACCCCGAUGGAGGCCGACAUCCUCUUCCACUUCGCCGGGCUCGACAAGCCCUCCGGCCGCCUGGGCCUCGCCGACUUCGCCAAGGUGCUCGAUCCCAUGUGGCGCAACCCGACCUACAGCGCCGGCGCCGGCGACGUCGCCCCGACCGGCGACGUCCCCCCCCUGGCCAGGAAGGCGACCGGCACCCUCCUCCACGGCGUGCUCGAGUCCGUCUACAACUUCGGCCUGGGAUCCGUGGCCGGCGCCUUCGGCGCCUUCAUGGUCUACCCCAUCGACCUGGUCAAGACGCGCAUGCAGAACCAGCGCGGCGCCCAGCCGGGCCAGCGCCUGUACAAGAACUCGAUCGAUUGCUUCCAGAAGGUGGUGCGCAACGAAGGUUUCCGCGGCCUGUACUCGGGUGUCCUGCCGCAGCUGGUCGGCGUGGCGCCCGAGAAGGCCAUCAAGCUGACGGUCAACGACCUCGUCCGCGGCGCCACCAAGGACAAGGAUGGCAACAUCAGCCUGGCUGCCGAGAUCCUCGCCGGUGCCUCGGCCGGUACAUGUCAAGUUGUCUUCACCAACCCCCUCGAGAUCGUCAAGAUCCGUCUACAGGUGCAGGGCGAGAUUGCCAAGUCGGGAGGCGGCGCUCCCAAGCGGUCGGCCAUGUGGAUAGUGCGCAACCUGGGCCUGGUGGGCCUGUACAAGGGCGCGACGGCGUGCCUGCUGCGUGACAUGCCCUUCUCGGCCAUCUACUUCCCGGCCUACUUCCACCUGAAGAAGGACUUCUUUGGCGAGUCGCCGACGCAGAAGCUGAGCGUGCUCCAGCUCCUGACGGCCGGAGCCAUCGCGGGCAUGCCGGCGGCCUACCUGACGACGCCGUGCGACGUCAUCAAGACGCGCCUGCAGGUCGAGGCGCGCAAGGGCGAAGCUCAGUACACGGGUCUGAGGCACGCCGCCCGCACCAUCUGGCGGGAGGAAGGGUUCCGCGCCUUCUUCAAGGGCGGACCGGCCCGCAUCUUCCGCUCCUCGCCGCAGUUCGGCUUCACCCUCGCCGCCUACGAGGUCCUGCAGACCUUGCUGCCCAUGCCGGGAGGCAAGAAGGCCACCGAGGCCAGCGCCAGCGCCGGCGUCGGCGCCGGCGUCAGCGCGACGGCCACCUCGGUCGUGGACACGACGCCCCUCGGACGGAGCCGUAAUGCCCUCAAGGUGAUUCUCGAUCUUGAUGAGGAUUUCGGUCGUGCCAAGCUGCCUGAUGCUCUGGGAUGGAAGUCGCUUCCUAGGUCUAUGGGAGGAGGUGGUGGAUCGGCAUAA